CACCCCUAAGUGCUACAUGCACUAUGUGCGUGGGCGAGGUUCACCCUUGCACCAAGCCAAGCACGCACGGCAAUCAAGCAAGGAGCCAAGUAUAGACGGACCAAGCCAAACUUAGAGACCAAGCUGCAAGCAAAGCACGGCGUAGGCAAAUGCAGGACUGUGCAGGGAGAUUAGCCUCACCAGCAGGACAGUUGCAGGGAUAUUAGCCUCGCCAGCCCAGAUGCAAGACUGUGCAGGGAUAUUAGCCUCGCCAGCGGGACAGAAGGCAGGCAGAUUAGCCUCGCCAGCAUGCGGGACAGAAUGCAGGCAGUUACAGGCAGUUACAGGCAGUUACAGAGAGGCAGUUGCAGGGCAGUUUUGGAUGAGUUGGCAAGGGAAGUUACAGCCUUGGUGGUUAUCUUAGGCAGUUACCUAAGUAGUGGGGGUUGUCCACUACAUACUAGAAUAAUGGCAUGCAUGACAAGUGUCAUUGGCAGUUGAAGGGAAGUUACAUCUUCCAUGUUUGUAGGUAUUUAAGAAAUCAGAAAACCUAGCAUGAGACUUGGAGAAGUUCUAGUGAACAUUGUCAAGAUCCUUGCUAUUCUAUUGUAUGUUUGCUUUGUUUAACGAAAAGGAAAGCUAUUUCCCCAACAUACUGUGCAUGUUCAUAUACUAGACUUAUCCCACGCAUAUAGAUCAUUAGGUGAAAGGGAAACACUUGAGUGAUCGAGAGAAGUACGAACAAACGUACUUAGUGAGUUGGGAUUUGGGGGAUCUCACAAACCUAUCGAGUAGGAUAGAAGAGCGCGACCUCGCUUACAGUAGGGUUAAGAAGGAUAGGCUGAACUAGGAGUUUGUGGACGUCCUAGCGCCAUCACGGAGCCACUUGACACCGUCGCUGUCAAGACCGAAGUAACGAAAAAUUCCGUUGCGUACUUAAGGCCCGUGACAAUUUGGUAUCAGAGCAAGUCGCUCUAGAUACGAGGAGGAAGUCCGAGUAGGGGAGCACUCCAUCGAUACAAGAAGGUUCGUGAAGGAGCACUUCAGCCAAAGUUCGUGUAGGAGCGGAGGCAUACGCAGUCCAAGCAAGGACGCAACCAGAUCUGACGCCGAGAAGGGACGCAGACAACAGGAGAUCCGAGCAGGGAAUACUCCACAUUGAAGGUUCGAGAAGGAGCACUUCAGCCAAGUUCGUGUAGGAGCGGAGGCAUACAAAGUCCGAUCAAGGACGCAGACCUAGUGUUCGUAGUUGGCGGCAUUAGAAGGGUGUAAGUUGUUGGCUGCACCGGAGUGUAAGUUGUUGGCUGCACUCGAAGAAGGGUUCGUUGGUGUAAGUUGUUGGCUGCAUCGGAACGAAGAGUUGCUAGAAGACCGGAAGAUUGUAUCAACAUGACCGGCGACACACUUAAAGACCGCGUUGCACGCUUGGAGGAUUUCCUCGGAGCACCACAAAGUGAUUGGUCAGUUAGUCUCGCUGUCCAAAUGGAAAGGAUAAGCAUAGACUCAGCCCAAAUGCGUGAAGCAUUCAUGGCACAUGUAACCGAAGCAGAUAUGAAGACACACGAAAUGAUGCAAGACAUUAUUGCUUUGUCGGACGCGAUGAAGGCAAGAUUGGCAAGCCUAGAGGAAGAAGUGGCAAUGGUGAAAAGUACUGCACCUCAUGCCGGGCACAACGAGGGAGGAAUCACUCACAAAGUUAAGAUCCCCGAGCCUAAGUUCUUCAAUGGAGAAAGGAGCGCCAAAGUCUUAGAGAAUUUCAUUUGGGACAUGGAGCAUUACUUCAAGAAUGCUCACAUACCCGAGACGGAGAAGGUCUCCAUAGCUUCGAUGUACCUUGAAGGAGAUGCAAAACUGUGGUGGAGGAUGGUAGAGCAACAGGCGGAACAAAGUGAAAACAUGCAGUCCCUGGAUACGUGGGAUGCAGUGAAGGGAGAACUGCGAAGUCAAUUCAUGCCUUGCAACUCAGCAUGGAUGGCACGCGAAGCUUUGAGGAAUCUACGAAUGGGAUCCUCAAUUCGAAGCUACAUCAAGGAAUUUUGUUCAUUGAUGCUAGACAUUCAAAACAUGGCGGAGGAGGACAAGUUGUUCAGUUUUAUGGCGGGUCUACAACCGUGGGCGAAGCAGGAGCUGCAGAGGCAGAACGUGGCAGAUUUUCAGUCAGCAUUGGCUAUGUCCGAAAGGCUAGUGGAUUUUCAGAUAACUCAAGUUGUUGCAGUCAAGAAGAAGGAGGUGGACAAGAGGAUAGGGAUUGAACCAGUCCCAGGUCGUCCUAGAAUGCAGGGAUAUGGGGGAGGUGGUUACAAAACUGCCUAUCCAGUUGCUAGUCAUCAGGGGAGUAAUUCCAGGAAUAGUCAUCAUGAUCCUCUCCUAAAUAAGGGGCAAUUUCAGUGCUAUAUAUGUUCAGGGAAUCACUAUGCAAGGAACUGCCCAAAGAGAACUUCUAUUGCUGCAUUAUUAAUUGAAGAGAGUGAGAGAGGAAAAUCAGAAAAUUCGGAAGCCAUAAUGAGUUCAAUGACGCUGCUAAAUGCACUCUCCUUGGAGGUCGAAGACGGCACUAUAGAGAUGUACGUGGAUGUAUAUGCAUAUCAUCCUGAUGAAUAUUCAUUCAAGUCUUCUUUGAUAGUGGGAGGAGUCACUAUAUUCGACGAGGAGGCGUUCAUGUUCGUAGGAGUCGACGUUAAGAACUUUACAAUGGAGGAGACUGAAAAGCUGGCGGCCUUAUCCACAAUGAGGAUGUGGAGCAAUCUGUUACAGGUAGGAAGAUUCCAGCUUUUUACGAAGGUGUGGAUGAACCACUUCAUGCCUAGUGUCUUUCAACCAUUCAAGCAAUGGAGCACAAGAUACGAGAGGAUGGCGAACGAAAUGAAGGGAUUCAACUUCGAAUGGAUGCACUGCACAGGUAGGCAUGACCGCAUGAACAAAUCUGUACCUCAGUCCAUGGAGGUGAUCGUCCUAAGCAGUGACGAAGAAGAAGAAGAGGAAGGAAGGGUUGGUAGUGGCCAACUGGAUGAUGUGACUGAUUUGGGAUCAGAUGGUUGGUCCAAAUUUGUCAAGGAAGCACCGGCAACUCAAGAUGGAGCAUGGCCUGUGUGGGAGAAGAAGAAGUCGGAGUCCAAGCUGGAGCAAGCAGCGGAGGGCACGCCAGAAAGUGCGACAACGAGGGCGUUGUCAAGCUUUGGUGGGGGAGGUUUGUUACACCCCUAAGUGCUACAUGCACUAUGUGCGUGGGCGAGGUUCACCCUUGCACCAAGCCAAGCACGCACGGCAAUCAAGCAAGGAGCCAAGUAUAGACGGACCAAGCCAAACUUAGAGACCAAGCUGCAAGCAAAGCACGGCGUAGGCAAAUGCAGGACUGUGCAGGGAGAUUAGCCUCACCAGCAGGACAGUUGCAGGGAUAUUAGCCUCGCCAGCCCAGAUGCAAGACUGUGCAGGGAUAUUAGCCUCGCCAGCGGGACAGAAGGCAGGCAGAUUAGCCUCGCCAGCAUGCGGGACAGAAUGCAGGCAGUUACAGGCAGUUACAGGCAGUUACAGAGAGGCAGUUGCAGGGCAGUUUUGGAUGAGUUGGCAAGGGAAGUUACAGCCUUGGUGGUUAUCUUAGGCAGUUACCUAAGUAGUGGGGGUUGUCCACUACAUACUAGAAUAAUGGCAUGCAUGACAAGUGUCAUUGGCAGUUGAAGGGAAGUUACAUCUUCCAUGUUUGUAGGUAUUUAAGAAAUCAGAAAACCUAGCAUGAGACUUGGAGAAGUUCUAGUGAACAUUGUCAAGAUCCUUGCUAUUCUAUUGUAUGUUUGCUUUGUUUAACGAAAAGGAAAGCUAUUUCCCCAACAUACUGUGCAUGUUCAUAUACUAGACUUAUCCCACGCAUAUAGAUCAUUAGGUGAAAGGGAAACACUUGAGUGAUCGAGAGAAGUACGAACAAACGUACUUAGUGAGUUGGGAUUUGGGGGAUCUCACAAACCUAUCGAGUAGGAUAGAAGAGCGCGACCUCGCUUACAGUAGGGUUAAGAAGGAUAGGCUGAACUAGGAGUUUGUGGACGUCCUAGCGCCAUCACGGAGCCACUUGACACCGUCGCUGUCAAGACCGAAGUAACGAAAAAUUCCGCUGCGUACUUAAGGCCC